AUGGAGGUUUCUACUGCCACACCGUUUAAAUGAGGUCUACUCGAAGGUACUUCGAAGUCCUAAGCUCCGAAACUGUUUUGCUAUGGCAUCUACCAAUCAGCAAGAAGCAAUGUCCUGUUCUGAUCUGGACAUUGCAUCACAGUCUGGGACAGACAUUGGCAAUGGCAGCAACGAUGAAUCCACAACACCUACUGGAGAAACAGUGACAGAGGACUCAGAAGAUGGAGUGUGUAACAUAAGUAUAGAGUUUACUGAAGUCUCUGAUUUGGACCCUACACUACUUGAUACUGAAUAUACUGGAAGUGACUAUGAUGAGAGUAAACCUGAACAACCUAAAAUUGACAAGUUCCAAUUUUUGCAGGACAUAGAUUUCUCAUCCAGAAAUUGGUACAGGAAUGACUGUUUCCGAGCUUACUGGGAGCAUUAUAGUCAAUCAAUGAGCUGGUGCCAAAAACAUUUCCAAACUUAUAACAAUGUUUUUAAAAGGACUAGAUCUCAGUUUGCUCAGCAUUCUCCAUUUCCAAGUUUUGUUAAUCCAAACCAAUAUCCUAGCUUUAACUGUGACUUCAAUUUUGUGCGUCCAUCGCAAUAUCCCAGUUCAAACUCGGGACGUUCAAACCGAGUCCCAAGUGAAAUAGGGAGCAUAUCAGAAGCAAGCACAGGAAGUAAAUCUCGGCCCCGUAGAAGGAGAGGGGGCAAAAAGAAGAGCAAAAAUAAGGCAAAUUCUGAUAUUAAUUCUACAACACCUGAUGCUGGGACAACUGGCUCAGAGAUUGAAAUGGAGAUCACACAGGACAUGAUUGACUUCUUUGCUAAGUCUGAUGAGCACAGGCGCCAGAGAGAUGAGGCCAAGAAUGGUGAAGGAGAAAAUAAUGAAGAACCGGAGCAUAUCAAUGUGGAACAAGUGAAGGUGGGUGGAGAGCGUGUACCAACCGUUGAUGCUCCAAAGGAGCGCCCGGGCGCGCGACGCACGGCCGAGAUGAAACUGCUGUAUGGCAAGGGGGCAGCUAUGAUUCAUGGGAUGGAAACUGCCUUGCAGAUGGCCUUCGACAGAAAUACGGACACAAAACAACCUCGAGUCUGGCCGAACAUGCCAUUGAAGAUUGUGUUCAGCUCUUCUACAAAGUCUCAAAGCGACUGAUUGUUUGCCACGAAUUUGAUAAUAUAUAAACAACAUACACCAUUCAUAAAUCGUGAAUGAAAUGUUUACAAAGCAAAUGAAUGCGAGAAUUGACAGUGCAAUAAUUUGUUUCUCUAUGAAAGUUCUAUUGUCUGUUUUAUGAUGGAAAGAAGGCUAUACUCGUACUAUGUGUUCUUUAUUUGAAUAAAUGUGUAUUGAGUGUU